AUGCUGUGGCGUUCGCCCGGUAAGGAAGGAUCUUCGUCCCCCUCUCCUCCGGACAAGGUAGGUUGCUGUUGCAUUAAGCUUGGUUAGCAGACUUUAAUUGUUUUACAAGUCACAACCUAUGCUGGUAGAGGCCAUGUGCACCCCGUUUCCCCCCUGCAUAUGGUUGAAUACCGUGAAUGUAAGCGUAACGCUACGUAUCGGUUACUUGCUGUAGCUAAAAGACUGCUCGUUUCGUUCUUUUUGUUAAAAGAAAAAACCGAGGCCAAAAGCUAGUUCUAAAAGAAGAAAGCCGGUACGCGGUGUCGCCAUCCGGCCGCAGCCAAUGCUAUCGUUGUUGUAGUCGGCCUCAGUGGUGUAAGCGGUUAGACCGCUGCCCCACUCUCCUUUGCUGUACUAAAACACCAUUGUGUUGUAUAGCUGUCUUUUGUUUUUUCAGUGACUAUCGAUCCGAACAGCUUCGUAUUUGUUUGGUGUCAUUAUUAUAACCAGUUGCGUUAGCGCCCUGGUUACUUUAAGUGCUCUUGUGCUGGAUAGCAUUAUUUUUUUUUUGGCAUUGACCAUUAUAACCAGUUGCGUUAGCGCCCUGGUCACUUUGAGUGCUCUUUUGCUGAAUAGCAUCAUUUUGUUGGCAUUGACCAUUAAAGCCAGUCGUGUUAGUGCCCUGGUCACUUUAAGUGCUCUUCUGUCUGCUGAAUAGCCUUAUUUAUUUACUUAUUUAUUUGCUUAUUUGGUUGUUUAUUUGGUUGACUUUAUUACUGUCAGCUUAAUUGCGACUCCGUACUGGUAUAGGCAGCAUUCGCGCUCCCUCCCCCCAGCUCACGGCGUCUAUUGCCCGGCGGCCAGUAGCGUCAGCGCCCUGGCCCAGUUGGGACAGCUAGGUAGGAUGGAUAGCACCCACUACUGCUCUUCAUGUCAGGUUGGCCUCCAGCCUGACGACGGACAUGACCUCUGCCCAGCCUGCCUCGGACCCGAACACCUCAGGGAGGCACUUGAGGGGGACCCCUGCAUGAACUGCAGGUACAUGCCUCGGGCGGCAAGGCUGGCCAGGCUGGUGGAGGUAGAGCCGCCACAGGGUGGCGACGACCUCGCCCCAUCGGGCCAAGCAUCCACACCCAGGACCAGGCGCUCAAAACGCCGGGCCCAUGCAGCCACUGCUGCCCCCGCUUCCAAAAGGACGUCGAGGUCUGACCGCUCCGGCCUUUCAUCAAAGGUGGAGCAGCUCUCGGCCGAGCUGGACCGCAUGAGGUCCAUGCUUCAGGCCCACCAGCCUGGGUCCCCUUCGGAGGAGGCUCGGGGGCCCACUCCGCCCAUGCCACUCCUAGUCCCGGAGGAAGAUACACUCUCCCUAGCGGCAUCGGCUACUCACUUUCAUGAGUAUGGUGACCGUGAUGGCGGCGAGGGAGACGGGGUCUCCCAGGUGUCCGAUCAGGGCUCUCACUCCUCAGCUCAAACUUUGCUGCCAGAGGAGGACGGUUUCAUGCGUGCCAUCCUGCGGAUGGCCUUGGAGCGAUUAGGUCUGCCCAUACCGCAGCAGGCGGAGCCAGCCCCUGCGAGCACCUUCUUCAGGCGCAGGCCAACCUCCACUGCAUUCGCCGUCCCGCAUGCGGAGGACUAUAUAAAGGAGCUGCACGCCUGCUGGAGAGACUCCAAGGCUUGCUCCCGCCCUCGGCAGACGGUCGUACCCUGGCGGCAAUGCACGACACUGCAGGGGUCGGCCUGGAUCACAUGCCGGCCAUCGAGCCCAGCAUUGCAUCCCUUAUUGUCUCCCCCGACGAGGCUCUGCGACGGGAUACUAGGUGUCCUCGCCCACAGUGCAGGCUGACGGACAACCUGCUCAUCAGGGGCUACGAUGCGGCAGCACGUGCUGCUAGGAUCGGGAACUCCCUGUCACACCUCCUGCUUGCCCUGUCAGCGUCUCUGCAGGAGGGCUACACUAACGAGGAACCUGUCACCUUCUGUGACGCGGCACUAGAGGCAUUCGGCCUUAUGUCGCGAGAGCUAGGAAGGACAAUGUCCUACCUGGUACAGGCUCGACGCCAGGUCUGGCUCUCCCAGUCGGGCUUGACUGAGGCGUCCAGGAAAACGCUCCGGGCUCUCCCUGUUGAGUCAGGAGUGGUUUUUGGCCCAUGUGCCCAAGAGGCGCUGGAGCAGACGAUCCAGGCUGGGCAGACCAGGCAGCAGCUUCUGAGUAUGCGCCGCAUGCCACCCCCCAGCAGGCCUCCCUCUGGCAGGGGCCCCCCAGCUGCCUCUGGAGCCCGGCUGCCAGUAGCUCAGAGUAGGGAUCAGCGUCCUCAGCGGCCUACGCAGAGGCAGACCCGGGACUCUCGGGACUCCAGCCGCCUGCCUUCUAGGCAGUUUCGAGCCCCGGACCCUGGUGGGCCCCCCGCUUCCAGGGCCCCUAGGGGCCGGGGGGCAGACGCUGAGCCCGGGGGGCCGGCCGUCGGAUACUUUACACAGCAGCAGCUCAGACGCUGGGCUGCUCAAGCUUCAGAUCCGUGGGUUCUUACCACCUUAACCCACGGGUACAAGCUGCAGUUCCGACGCCGGCCCCCCACAGCCAGCCGGGUCAGGAUUACCAUCAUUGCCGACCCGGCGAAAGCCCUCGCUCUCGACCAGGAGCUAUCCGCCCUCCUGGCCAAGGGUGCCAUCGAGGCAGUGGACCCCUGCUGCAUCCCAGGGGGUUCUACUCUACAUACUUCCUCGUCACCAAAAAGACCGGCGGAUUCUGGCCCAUCCUGGACUUGAGGGGACUGAACAGGUACUUAAAGACCUUGCCUUUUCAUAUGCUGACGACAGCGGGUGUGCUACAGUCCAUUGUCCGCAACGAAUGGUUUACAUCUGUCAACCUGAAAGACGCCUACUUUCAUGUUCCCAUUGUGAGGCAACACCGCCGAUUCCUGCAAUUUGCCUACAGAGGCCGCCACUGGCAAUUCUGCGUGCUCCCAUUCGGGCUUUCCCUCUCCCCGAGAGUGUUCAGCAGGGUAGUGGCAGCUGCACUCCAACCUCUGCAGUCCCAGGGCACCAAGAUACUGCCAUAUUUGGAUGAUUGGCUGAUCUGCGCUCCGUCCCAGGCGCAGGCAGCCAGGGAGACAUCACACCUCCUGUCCCACGUGGCGAGCCUCGGACUCAAAGUAAAUGCAGAGAAAAGCUGCCUGGUACCGUCCCAGAGCGUAAUCUUUAUCGGUCUGGCCCUAGACACCAGAACGAUGGUGGCACGUCCGUGCCCCAGUCGGGUGGACGGCAUCUUAAGGCUGUUGCCAGCCUUCAAGAGAGGCAGGCGACUGCCGCUCCUCACCUUCCUCCGCCUCUUGGGCACGCUGACGUCCGUUGCGGCCAUCAUGCCGCUGGGCCUGCUGGCGCUACGGCCCCUGCAAAGGUGGCUGAACAGUUUCCACCUAGACCCAGAGCGACACAGGCACCGGAAGAUCGUCGUGUCAUGGCAGUGCCUCCUUGCCCUAGCCACAUGGAGGGACAGGGCCUACAUUGUAAGGGGUGUCCCUAUGGGGGCCGUCCCAUCCCGCAGGGAAACCGUUGCCACGGACGCCUGCCCCUUGGGCUGGGGCGCAGUGUGGCAGGGCAGGACAGUUCAGGGACAGUGGUCUGUGGCAGACCACAGCAACCACAUCAAUGUGCUGGAGCUGAAAGCGGCGCACUUGGCCCUAAGGCACUUUCUGCCUUACUUAGCAGGCAAACAUGUUCUGGUUCGGUCGGACAAUACUUUGACCGUUUAUCACAUAAACCAUCAGGGCGGUACAAAAUCUGCGCGGCUGCUACAGGCGUCAAGGGACCUCCUGACGUGAGCAGCCCCUCGCCUGUUGAGCCUGCGGGCCAUGCAUAUACCAGGAAAGCAGAACCAGGUGGCAGACCUUCUCUCCCGCCAGAAGCCUUCAUCAGGUGAAUGGCGCCUUCACCCAGAUGUGGUGCACACCAUAUGGAGCCGCUUCGGCAGGGCAGGGGUCGAUCUUUUCGCCUCAGAGGCGUCGACCCACUGCCCCCUCUGGUUCUCCCUAGCGGAGACAACCAGCCCUCUGGGCCAAGACGUGUUCUCCCACCCCUGGCCGAGGGCACUUCUCUACGCUUUCCCACCUCUCCCUCUAAUUCACAAGGUCCUUCAGAGAGUAGCUCAAGAGGGCCACACCGUUCUCCUGGUGGCCCCUUUCUGGCCAGGGUGAAUACGGUUCCCCCUCCUCCACCAACUCUGUCACGGGACGCCAUGGCGCCUCCCUGCCAGGAUGGACCUGCUCUCGCAGUUAGGGGGGCCGUUAUGGCAUCCAGACCCAGACCCUCCAGCUGUGCGUUUGGCCGUUGGGGGGCCCGAGCCGCUGCUGAGCGGCUGUGUAGAGACGGUUCAACAUACCGUCUUGAACGCGAGGGCACCAUCCACCAGGCUGCAGUACGAGAACAGGUGGCAGCUGGUGUAGGGACCGGGGCAGGGACCCAGUUCACUGCCCGGUGCCCGCAAUCCUGGAGUUCCUGCAAGGUCUCCUCGAUAAGGGCCGGACCCCUUCGACGUUAAGAGUGUACGUGGCAGCAAUAUCCUCCCAGCACACUGGGGUCAAUAACUGCACAGUGGGGAGCCACCGUCUGGUGUCGCUCUUUCUCAGGGGGGCUCAGAGAUUAAAUCCUCCGAGAGCCCCAAGAGCACCAGCAUGGGACCUCAAUCUCGUACUGGACUCCCUAUGCAAGGCUCCUUUUGAACCCUUGUCACGCACAAAAUUGAAGUGGUUGUCCUGCAAGACAGCCUUUCUUAUAGCCAUCACCUCGGCAAAGCGCGUCGGUGAGUUGCAUGCCCUGUCAGUGCGUGAUUCGUGUCUGAGGUGGAACCCAGACGGAUCAGGUGUCACUCUAUGGCCCAACACGGCCUUCCUACCAAAGGUCCUGUCGACGGCACACCUGAACCAGCCUAUUAGGCUGGCCGAGUUUAGCCCUCCACCGGGAGAGAGGACAGACAAGCUGGAACUGUUGUGCCCGGUGCGGGCCCUCAGGGCCUAUAUCGGAGCCACUGCACGUAUUCGCCGGUUGGAUCAGCUAUUCGUGUGUUAUGGUGGCCCAAAUAAAGGCAGCGCUCUGUCAAAGCAGCGCCUGUCCCACUGGGUUGUAGACACGAUCAGCCACGCCUAUCGGGAUAGUAACCAUCCCACGCCAUCCAGGAUACGGUGCCACUCGACGAAGAGUGUCUCCACUUCAUGGGCUGCCCUUAGGGGAGUUCCCCUCGAGGAGAUCUGCUCUGCUGCCUCGUGGGCGUCAUCAGGCACGUUCUCAAGAUUCCAUAGGGUGAACGUGGCCACUCCCCACCCAUUGGGUGUGGUUCUCCUUCCAGAGUCCUCAGAUUCUGCCCUCUGA